UCGACAUAACAACACAUCACAUCCAACUCUCUCUCAAAUUAAAAAAAACAUAUUUUUUUAAAGUACAAAUUUAUACGGCUUUUAAAACCCUGAUUCGAGGUCUCUUUCGGGAAAACCCAUGAAUUUGCUGCGCCGGCAGCCUCGGCUGCUGAGUAAACAGGGCACUUGGUUGCUGAAGGGCUUCGCUGUAAACCGGGAUGUGUCCAAACCCGUUUCCUGUUUUGCGCCGGCUCUGUCCUCCGUAUCGCUAUCCGGACCAGCGAUGGAUGCCCCCGCCACAGUACCCCUGGUAUCCGUGGUAUCCCAGUCCGCCCAAUCCGAUGGCCAAGGAGGAGGACAAGGAGGAGGAUCAGGAUCAGGAGCAGGAGGAUCAACCUCCAGAGGAUCAACCCUCAGAGGAUCAACCCCCGGAGGAUCAGCCCCAGGAAGACGGUACUCCGGGGGAGGAGGACCAGCCCCAGCUCCAGCCCCAUCCCCAUCCCCAGGAGCAGGUGGAGGACCAGCCCCAGCCCCAUCACCAGGAGCCGGAGCCACCGGAGCCGCCCAGUCCGGAGGAGCGUCCGCCGGGAAGCCACCUCAGCAGCCGCCGCCUCCGCCGCCCCCUUCACCCACCGCCCCCACCGCCAAGCCCAAGUCCACCACUCCGCGGAUGAAGAGCUUCGAGAUCUACCGCUGGAAGCCCGGCGAUCAGCCGCAGCUGCAGACGUACACCGUGGACCUGGAGAAGUGCGGCGCCAUGGUGCUGGACGCCCUGAUCUUGAUCAAGAACGAGAUGGACCCCACGCUGACCUUCCGGCGCUCCUGUCGCGAGGGCAUCUGCGGCUCCUGUGCGAUGAACAUCAAUGGGACGAACACCCUGGCCUGCGUCUCGCACAUCGACCAGAACGAGAGCAAGUGCUGCCGGAUCUACCCGCUGCCGCAUCUGUAUGUGGUGCGGGAUCUGGUGGCGGACCUGAGCCAGUUCUACGACCAGUACAGCUCCAUCCAGCCCUGGCUGCAGCGGAAGGACCUCAAGCGGGAGGCUGGAUCGGCGCAGUACCUGCAGUCCGUCGAGGAUCGCCAUGUGCUGGACGGCCUGUACGAGUGCAUCCUGUGCGCCUGCUGCCAGACCUCAUGUCCGUCGUACUGGUGGAACAGCAACAAGUACCUGGGUCCCGCCGUCCUCAUGCAGGCCUACCGCUGGAUCAUCGAUUCCAGGGACGAGGCCACCAAGCAGCGACUGGACUUCCUCAAGGAUCCGUGGAAGGUGUACCGCUGCCACUCGAUCAUGAACUGCACCAACACAUGCCCCAAGCAUCUCAAUCCGGCGCGGGCCAUCAUCCAGCUGAAGCGGCUCCUGGUGGGACUCCAGAAGAAGGAGAAGCCCCAGCUCAAGACGGACGCCCUCUUUCAGGCGAAAGCCUAGGCAUCAUCACCAUAACAACACACCAAAGAUUCGACAUAACGUUAUUGGGACUACUCACACCGGAAACACCAUUCCACGACGAAAUGAUUUGAAAUCUCACACCGGAAACGGGAACUUCCUAUACCGAACUGAUCUGAUCACUAUCCUUCACAAACAUAUAAUAGGAGAUGUAAACACCAACGAAGACCACCACACAAUUAGCGGGCAAUAUAACAAACACAAACAAGUAAAAAAAAUUAUACAAAUCACACAAAUCAAACAAUUCACACAAAUCUCAUCACGAACACACAAACUUUUAACAUGGGACUUUAAUUAAAGUAAAGGACAACUAAUUGUAUGAUAUAAGCAAACAAUAAAAUAAUACAAAAUCUUAACUAAA